AUGAAGGUUUUAUUAGUCUUUACCUUAAUCAUUGGUUUGAUUAAUGGCUUAGCAUACCCAAAAAAUUUCAAUGAAGAACAAGUUUCAAAUAUAUCACCAUAUACACCAUUUUGGUUCAGCCAAACUUUAGACCAUUUCGAUGACGAAAAUACCGAAUCUUUCUCACAAAGAUACUUUAUAAACGAUCAAUUUUACGACUAUACCAAUGGUGGUCCAAUUAUUUUAUAUAUCAAUGGUGAGGGUCCAGUCUCAUCAGCACCAUGUCAAACUGGUGAUGGCGUUGUUUUAUAUGGUCAAGCUUUAAAUGCAAUGAUUGUAACAUUAGAACACAGAUAUUAUGGUGAAUCAACUCCAUUCCAAGAUCUUACCACAGAAAAUUUAAAAUAUCUUUCAUCUGAACAAGCAUUAAAUGAUUUAGCAAUUUUUGUUGUUUGGUUCCAAAGUCAAUUAUCAAAUGCUGGUAAAAUUGUUACUAUUGGUGGAUCAUACAGCGGUGCUUUAUCAGCAUGGUUCAGAAUUAAAUACCCACACAUCACCAGUGGCUCAAUUGCUUCAUCAGGUGUUGUUAAUGCUAUCUUACAAUUCACUACUUUUGAUGAAUAUGUUGCUUAUGCAGCUGGUGAAGAUUGUUCAAAUGCUCUUAGAUUAGUUACCAAAGCUGUUGAGGAACAAAUCCUUGCAGGUGGUAGUGCCGAACAAAAAGUUAAACAAAUUUUCCAAGCUGAAUCUUUAACUGAUAACGGUGAUUUCUUUUAUUGGUUAGCUGAUUCAAUGGCUGAAGGUAUCCAAUAUGGUUUCCACUCUCAAUUAUGCAGCCCAUUAAUCGAAGCUAUGAAUAAUAAUGGUGAUAUGAUUUCAACUUAUUCAAACUAUACUAUCAAUGUUUGGGGUCAAUCAUUAGGUACCCCAGAAGAAUACUCUACUGUUUGGCAACAAAACACCACCGCUGACCCAGCCAAGGCUGAUAGACAAUGGUGGUUCCAAACAUGUGCUGCUUUAGGCUAUUUCCAAGAUGCUCCACUUUCAGGUAGUAUCAGAUCAUCAAUGGUUAAUAUGACCUACUUCAAAACCCAUUGCCAACAAGUAUUUGGUAUUCCAUUAUGGCCAAACACUGCUGCUGUUAAUAUCCACUAUGGUGGUAAUAACACUGCUGGUACUAAUAUUCUUUAUACAAAUGGUUCACAAGAUCCAUGGAGUCGUGCCUCAGUUAUUCAAACUAUUUCAGACAGCCAACAAUCUGUUAUGGUUACUUGCGAAAAUUGUGGACAUUGUGUUGAUAUAAGAGCAAGCUGCCCAGGUGGAUGUGCACAACCAAAUAACAUUGCUCAAGUUAGAGCCUUAUCAAUCAAGUUAUUGGAAUCAUGGUUAUCAUAA